GUUGAUGUGUGAAUCAGCUGUUUGGUCCCGCGGGGAGUGAAAGCGCUUGUGUCCGGGCCGAUGGAGGCUGAUGGUAUUGUUUCAUGCAAAGACGACAUUUCUUCCUUGUUCCCUGAAGAAACGCCAGACGCCAAACUGAAAGAUUUGAGCAGCACCUUCUCCUCCGUCCGAAAGGUGCGCGGGGACGGGAACUGCUUCUACAGAGCCUUCUGCUUCGCACAUCUGGAGUCGGUCCUGCACAAUGCACGGGCUCUGCAGAGCUUCAAGGAGAAAAUCCUUCAGAGCAGCACAGUUUUGUCUUCAGUGGGAUUUGAGGAGAGUUUCUUCAAGCACCAACUAAACACAGUUGUUGGCGUGGUGGAGCAGUGUCAGGCCGAUGAGCAGGAAGCCACGCUGCUCAGGCUCUUCAACGAGCAGACCACCUCCGACGGCGUGGUUCAGUACCUCAGGCUGCUCACCUCCGCUCACCUGCAGAACCACGCAGACUUCUUCUGCAACUUUGUGGAGGCUGCAAGUCUGCAAACGUACUGUCAGCAGGAAGUGGAGGCCAUGGCGAUGGAGUGCGACCACGUGGACAUCCUGGCUCUACUGCAGGCUCUGGAUGUGUGCAUCCAUGUAGUCUCCAUGGAAGGCGACGAGCAGCAGCUGGCUCACCACGUCAUUCCAGAGGGUGGGGAACCUUCUCUGCACCUCCUCUACCAAAUGUCACAUUAUAACAUUCUCUACACUCGACCUCGACACGGACCAGAGCUCCAGCAGGACUCCUCUCAGGAACACUGAUGCUAGUUGAAUGAAGCGCCAAUUGGACUUUAAGACACUUUUUAUAAAAUUUUGUUGUGUACAGUGAAUUAAACAUCACCCAGAAAUACAAUUAUCACACAUUGUGCAAUAAAUUUGAAUAAACUGCAAA